AUGGCCGACGUAAGCGAUCCCGCCAUAGUGCAAGCGUACGAAGACGUGCGGUCAGACAAGUCUGAAACGACAUGGUUGUUACUCGACUACGAGUCUGACCGGUCUGACCAUCUAGUCCUGACGUCGAGCGGGACGGGAAACCCGCUAGAUGAGCUGAAGGAUAAUCUAGACGAUUCCAAGGCGUCGUUUGCGUAUGGGCGGGUGUCGUAUGCGAAUGACAAGGAGAGCAAGAGGGAAAAGUUUAUCUUGGUGGUGUGGAUUGGCCCACAGUGCAAGGUGAUGCGCAAGGCCAAGAUCUCGGUGCAUUCUGCCGACGUGAAGAAUGUGUUGAGGGUAUUUUCGAUUGAGGUUGCUGCGCGCGAGAAGGGCGACCUUGAGGAGGAGCCCAUCGUCAAGCGAUUGAGAAAGGCUGGUGGUGCAAGCUACGACGGUGUAUAAUUCUCCCUUAAUACCCAUUUAAUCUAUGGCCCAAGCGUUCUCAGUCUGUGUAUACUCUCGUCCCCUUCGAGGCGCAUUCCGACCCAUUCUUCCAUCCGCGUUGCCCCGAGUGUGUUUUCGUAAAACGCGAUGGAUGGCGCAUUCCACUUGAGCACCGACCAGUCGAUGCG